AUGGUUAAAAACAAUAACGAAGUUGAACUUUCUGAAGAGGACUUCUAUGUCCAAAGAUCAAGUAUGGUGAAAGGGGAGAUGAGCCAAGGAAAAAACAUGUAUCCCCACAAGUUUGAGGUGACUCACAGCUUUGGGGAGAUCCUUAGAAAGAUAGGAGAGGUAAAGGAGCAGUUUGUUGCAGAAGACGUGGUUCAAUCUGCAGGAAGGAUAAUGAGUAUCAGGCUCCACUCCCGAUUCUGCUUUUUCAUAAUUUCUUCUUGUGGAGAGAGUAUCCAACUCGUUGUAGAUGCCAAGAAAGAGGGAAGUGAGCAGAUAAUCAAGUUUCUGAAGAGGGGAGACAUUGUUGGGUUUAUAGGGAACGUUGGAAGAACAAGGACUCUAGAACCCUCUGUGUUCGCCACUGAUGUGAAGGUCCUUACUCCAUGCCUUAGGACCAUUCCGACGGAGCACUUUGGAUUGAAGGAUCCUGAGACGAUAUACAGGAGGAGAUACAUGGAUCUUCUCAUCAACCGGGAGUCGAAGGAAAGGUUUGAAAAGAGAACACAGAUCAUCAGGUAUAUUAGGAGCUUCUUGGACUCGCGGGGGUUUCUAGAAGUUGAGACGCCUAUGAUGAAUCUGAUUCCUGGAGGAGCAGCAGCAAAGCCUUUUAUAACUCAUCACAAUGAGCUUAACUUGAAUCUUUACAUGAGAGUAUCUCCCGAGCUGUACCUGAAGAAGCUUGUUGUCGGGGGCCUUGACAGAGUGUAUGAGAUAGGAAAGCAGUUUAGAAAUGAAGGAAUUGAUCUUACCCACAAUCCCGAGUUUACAUCCUGUGAAUUCUACAUGGCCUAUGGGGACUACAAUGAUCUUAUGAAGAUGACUGAAGAGCUUAUGAGCGGAAUAGUUCAGGAGAUGUUUGGAACAGACACGAUAGUUUACAAUCCAAGGAAGAGAGGAGAGGAGAUCAAGCCGGUGUCUCUAUCAUUCAAGAGGCCCUUCCGAGUGAUUAGCAUAAUCGAGGAGCUUAACACUCGUCUUGGGUUAGAUCUUAGUGGAGAGACUCUUGAUAACGAGGAGACCUUGGAAAAACUUCUUGGGGUUUGUGAAAAAGAAGGAAUCCAUGUUGAGAAACCUCGUACACUUACAAGAGUGCUUGACAAGCUUAUUGGACAUGUGAUUGAGCCUCAGUGUGUUAAUCCGACCUUUAUAAAAGAUUAUCCAAUAGCAAUGUCUCCCUUGGCUAAGAACCAUCGAUCAAAGCCUGGCUUGACUGAAAGAUUCGAACUUUUUAUCAACUGUAAGGAAGUGUGCAAUGCCUAUACGGAGCUAAACAACCCUUUUGAACAGAGGGAGAGAUUCCUUCAGCAGGCACAGGACAUAAAUGCUGGAGAUGACGAGGCCAUGAUGAACGACGAAGACUUUUGCACGGCUCUUGAGUAUGGGCUUCCGCCCACUGCCGGAUGGGGCCUGGGGAUUGACAGAUUUGUGAUGUAUCUGACGAAUGCAGCUAAUAUCCGGGAUGUUAUUUUCUUUCCCACUAUGAAGCCUGAAUAA